UGGCAUGCGUACUAAUAUUAAAAUCAAACAGGUUCCCGUUCAAUCCGAUUUACAAUAUUUACCAAAAAGAUAAGGAUUACAUGAGUUUGUCCGGUUAAAAUCACUUAUAUUGAGAUCUUACAAAUACAUAAAACAGUAUCCAUUAUGUAAUAGAAUUUAUAUAUUAUAGAAAACUUAUGUAUUGUUAAAGUUCAUGCAGAUGUCACCGACAUAGCAGCUGGGAUGCUGACUAAUUUGUAUGAUUGAUUUCAUAUUUCUGUAGAAAUUUGAUCACUGUAAAAUGUGAAUUGCUUUAAAAUGAUGUCCUUCAUGACAAAAAAGAAGCGGUUUAAGUUUCAAGUAGAUUUCGGUUUACAGGAGUUAUCAUCAGUACCCUUUGUUAGUGGAAUACUGUAUGCUAAAGUACGCUUAAUUGAUGGAGGAAGCUUUUUAACUCAAUCUGAGAGGGAAGAAGUAAACAACCAUAGUGUAUUGUGGAAAUCCAAAUUUAAUUUCCAGUGUAAAAUUACAGCCAAUGCCAACACAGGGUAUUUAGACCCAUGUAUGUGUAGAAUAUCUGUACGAAGGGAACUCAAAGGAGGGAAAGCAUCUCAUAAAUUAGGUUUUGUAGAUAUAAAUCUAUCUGAGUUUGCUGGAUCAGGGAAACAGUCAAGAAAGUUCUUGUUGGAGGGUUAUGACACCAAACAUAGACAAGACAACUCUACUGUGGAAAUCAUGAUAGAUAUGAGAUUGGUAUCGGGUGAUCCAAUAUAUAAAGUUCCUACAAAACCACAUACCGUGCCAGGGGAUGUAACUGCAGCAGAUUACCCUGAACCACACCCAGCAGGACCUCUGGAUGAUCAUAGUGAAUCCUCUAGUGGGUUUGGAAGUCUAACACGCAAAGAAAAGACAACUACAGACAAUUUAGAAUUAGAGCAUGGUCCAGAGUUAAUUAAAGGCCAUUCUCGGAAUGAUAGCUAUGCAAGUCAGCACUCUCGUGGGUCAACAGGGUAUUCCUCACAACAGCAUAGUAGACAGUCAAGUAUAGGAAAUGAUAAUCCUACGCAUACUAGAAGUCCCAGUGCUGGUUCAGCUCUACAGUAUGAUCUCAAGAGGGGAAAGGUAAAGGAUGAUUCUAUUAAAGUAAAGUUGAGAGUUGACGAUACAAGGGUCGAUGCAGAAGAUCUAGUGAAUGAACUUCUUAGUUCUGCUGAUUUUGGUUUAAAAGAUCAAAGUGAAUCUUCAGGGUUAGUACUUAUAGUUGACAAAGAUGGAACUACAGCACUUCGAUAACAACAAAGACCUAUUAUGUUAAAACUUUGUCUCAUAGAAAUAAUUGUGUUAUAUUAAACCAGUAUCAUACAUGUCAUAUAUUCCAAUGUAACAUCAACAAAUUCUUUAUCUGAACCAUUAAUUACUUACCAUUACUAUAAUGACAAUUUUCUCAUCAGUAACAUCACGGACUUCAUACAUGGAAAAAGCUUUAAAGAAAAAAAUAUAAGAAUAAGAUAAAAACUAAUAUAUAUUGUUAUUCCAUGCUUCUUGUCAAAAUUACUGACAGAAUAUUAAAUUGAUGUUCAAACACUUUUUGUAACAACACAUAUGUAUAUCUGAAAUGCAAUGUACUGUUACAUUUUGACAAAAUAAUGGACAUUUUUUUAUUGAAUAUAAGAUUGUCAAUUCUAUCAUAGUGACAAAUAUAGCUCUGUAGAUAUGUGAUACAAAUAAUAUUGCUACUUACGACAAGACCUUUUAACAGAUGCCAGUAAACUCUAACUUGUCUCAUUUACUUAUCAUGACAUUAGAAUUAGUUUAUUUACAUUAUUUAAUCAUGAAACGCCAUGAAAAUCUCACAUUUUGUUGAGAAAUAUAUUGAGAAUUGAGAUCAUGUCCCAAGACACCAAUAUUUUAUUCUAUAGGGCUUUGGUACUAUUUUGUGAGAUUAAUUAUAGUAUGAGGUUUUACACUUAGCGGUAUAGAUUGGAGUACAUGAUAUAACACUCACUAUUAAAUGACAACCUUGUAAUGGCAAUUUUUUAUUUUAAAGGCAUUUAUAUGAUGAUAAUAGAGUAUUAAUGUCUGCAAAAGCGAUUAAAAGCCAUCCAUGUAGAUUGGCAGAUUAAAUAACAUGAUUUAACACAUAACUACACUUCGAUCUUGACACCAAAUUUUGUACUGUUCAUCCAGGAUUACAUUAUACCAUGUAUAAAUGAAUCUAUCAGAGGGGUAAUUUUAGACAAACUCUGCCUAAUUCUUAAAACAUUACGAUUGAUCUAAAUAUUUAUAAAGCUUAUAUGCAUAUCUGCUAUCGAAGUAAAUCUUUGCCUAGCUAGAUUUAAAGUGAUUCAGAAAAAUACUGAGAGCCUUUAUUUUCUGAAGUGCAGAUUAAAAAAAUUAUUGUGGACAUUAUAGUUUUAUAAAAUAGUUAAUUAAUUCAGCUGGCCUAUAGGAUGUAUAGGGACAUUGUAAGCUUUUGCCCAAUGGAGUAUGUCAGUGACUUAUCACUUUAAAUUUAGACUUUCAAACACUUAUUCUUUAAAACAAAUAAAUACUACUUGUUGUUAUAUACAUGCCUUUAAAAUAAAAUUAAAAUGGUUGUGUAUUGACAGAAAUAAUGUCUCAAUACAUAAGAUGGUUAAAUUUUUUUAUUUAUAUUUAUGGUUAUAAUUUAUUUAUUAUAAUAAGUGCUUAUUGUUUAAAGAUAGGUGUAUAUAGUUAAUAAACAAGAGUUGUGAAUUACAUUAUUGUAUUUGCUCAUUAACAUUUUAUUAAUGUCCAUUCUGUACAAAUUAAGUGAAGAAAUCGUUGAACUAAAUAUUUGGGUAUUAUUUUUAUCAAUAUUAAUAUGUGUAAUAAUAAUAGUCUGUGAUUUAUUUAUACUUUUCAUUUCUUAUGUUGUCUCCUUCGUAAUAAUUCUGAACCUUUCUGACUGAUGAGUUGCCAUAGAAACAGUAACCAUGUGCAUUUAUCAGUAUUAUAUCUAAAUGAGAUUAUAACAUAUAUAUAUUGUACUUUUGUUAAUCCAGUAUUUUGUGAGAAUUAAUAAUUUAUAAUGAGGUUUGCUUCCAUUACUUCUUCCUCUAGAAUAAAUGUUACCUAGGUUACUGUUGUAAAGUUUAAAAUAUGAUCUCAUAUAUGUUGGUUCUUCCAAUUCAAAAAUAAAUGUGCACUUAUUCGUGCAAAUUUUAAUUAGAAUUCUAUUUAAUUUAUACAAGGAAUUUGAAAAGGAAAUAUAUAAUGAGGGGUAUCUGCACGGAAGAAUGCUAAAUAAAAUUGCCAUUUCACCAUAAACAAACAAUUAAAAAUUCCUUGCAAGUUGAUCUAUUUACUGAUUUCAUGAAGCAUGGUGAAUAACAAACUUUUUUCAUGGCUACAUGUGAAAACAAGAACUGGAACAAGAAAUAUAGGAAAACAGGUCAAUAGAAUAAUUAAAUCCUUACAAUUAGACUUCUAUCCUGAAAGCAGUAUCCCAACACUAAAACAUGUAAUACAAUCUUUGAUGGGUUUACUUUUACGCAGAAAGUUGGUUUAGAAAAAAGGAGGACAGCUUUCAAACAUAAAUCCAUGAUUCAUAUUAUUUUAUUUUACCAGUAUAUGAAUUGUUUUUUUGCUGUGAAAGAAAAAUGAAAAUAUCAAAGACUUUUUACAAAAACGAUAUCUAUUACCUUCCACAAAUAGACACAUAACUUUUGCUAACCAAUAGAAUUGAUAUACAGAAAAUUUAAGACAACUUCCAAGUAUUUGGGGUUAAAUUGUACUUUUUGGAAAAAAAGUAUGAAUGCUGAAAAUAUCAGUUAUUUUUAGUAUUUUGCAUUCUGAUUGUUUCUCUUACACCAGAGAAACUACAUAUUAUUUCUAUCCUAAGUUAAUUUUAUAACAAUAGUUAUGUGUUAUGUUGCUUGUUUAUGUAUUGUUAGUGUGAAUUUGCUCAAUACUAAUUCAAGCCUAUUGGCGCUCUAAUUAUUAUUACAAAAAGAUAAGAAUUUUCUUCAAAAAAAAUAUAUAUCAAUUUUCCUGUCGAUUUAGGAAAACAGAAAAUGCUCAAUUUAUUGUUUUAAAUUGUGGAGAAAAAGUGCCCUACUUUUAAUGAGUGAUUGGUCAUAUCUUAAGUGUCAAAAUGCUGAAUUAUGUUUUUGAAGACCAGAAUUAAAGUUUGUUCGGCCUAACUUUAUGUACUUUUAGUGUAUUUUUUAUGCAGCUUAAAAUUUGUUGUGCCUUGUUUACUUAUUACUGCUGGAUGCAGUUGUGUAUGUCCAAAAUGUAAUUGUAGAUGAGUUCAAUUUUGUUAAAACUUCCUUGAGUAGAAAGCUGAUAUGAAAAGUAAAAUUGGGCAAAUAUAAAAUGUAUGUGGACCUCCAGAUGUUUUUUUUAUUCUGUAUCAUUGGGUUGCUGUCUCAUUGACAAUAAUUCCCUAACAUUCCUCUUCAUAUUGAGAAUUUUAAAUACAAUUUAUUGAGAGGACACUUUUCUAAAUCAUAUGUAAUUGUUUUUUCUUGUACCAUGGUAUAGGUCUACAUUUCAGAUCAAAUAUUUGUCAGUCAUUCAGAUAAGAUUGUUUUUUAAUAUAAUAGUAGAUACAUAUCUUUGAUUAGAAAUGAGAUCAUGUGAGCUUCUAAGUAAAUUAAGGUACAGGGCUUGAGCUUUAUUCUUACUGUCUCAUGGUUUGCAUUCAUUAAACUAUAUUCCAUUGUUUGUAGAGAUUUGGGCAUAGUUAAUAUUUUUCACUAGUUGCGUUUUGAGGUUUCCAUUAGAGCCUAAGUUUGAGAAGAAAAAACAGGUUUACUUUAUUGAAAAAAGAAAAUGUCUUACUUUAUUGAAGUGUAUUGAAACAAAUUAUGUACCAGAAUAAUAAUCUUUAGGAUUUAAAACAUUGAUUUUAGUAAGUGCAUGGCACACAAGUCAUAUUAUUAUCACAAGAUGGAUGAUUUAAUCUUUUUUUGAUUGACUAACAAAAGUUUUGCAUAGCUUUAGUUCAUAUGAAUAGUUCAUUGUCAUAAAUUUUCAUUUCUUUGAUAAAAUACCAGUCAUGAUAUAAUUUUAAAAGAUAUAUGAUUUUUUUGUAUAAAGUAUAUUAUAUACCCAUCUCUUGCCUUGUUUGUGACCUCAAACCUCAUGUGGGUCAAGUCCUCAAUAAAUUAUGCAGCAGGGACUCUUUUCGCACAAAAAAUCUUCAUCAAAAACUUAAUCAUAAGUCUUACAGACAUGUUCAAGACUUGCAAGUAUUUAUUCUCUUAAGAUUUUUUGUGUAAUAAGUCAGUUUUUAACUAAUAUCUAUAAACAUAAGAUAGAUGUUGUCUUGUUCUUCCUUUCAUAUUUGUUUUCUGUUUAAAUGACUGAAAUGGAGGGACUAAUGGAUUACCCUUGGUGUGUAUGUCAAACUCAAUUUAUGUACUGUUGAAAUUCUUCUUACCAACUUCCAAAAUGAGAAACAUUACAUGCUUGAUGUUUAGAAUGCUAUAGCUUUUGUGUUUUAUUAACUCUGUCUUGUACUGUUUCCUCUUUCAUUUGAUUUAACUUCAAAGUUUCUUUACCCGCUUUAGAUUAUUAUUGAUAGAAAAUAAGGAAUUUUUUUUUAAAUUUUCAUGAAUAGAACUAUUACAUUAGUUGUCGACCCCAAUUUUCACGGUCCACUGAACACAGAAAAUGAUAGUGCGAGUGGGGCAUCCGUGUACUAUGGACACAUUCUUGUUUUUUAUCAAUUUUAAAUAAUAUCUGAUUCAAUGGUAGACUUACUAGACUAUUCCAUUGAUUGUACCCUUGGAUGAUGUCUAUACAAUUUUGAACAAAAUUGGUCUAAAGUGUUUAAACUUUAACAUUUUGGUCUUUGUGUUAAGUUGACUUAAAUCUAACAAUUCAGGGCUAAAGAUGUUUGUACUUAUAACUUGAUAAGGCAGCCUUUGAUCUUUGAUAAUGUCUGCCAUAAUCUUAUUGUGGUGUGAUCUGUCUUUUGAAAAUAUGUAGAUUAUCUUAUUAUUGUAAAUGUUACCGUUGAAAAAAAUCGUAUAGAGGUAGCUUUACUUAUCCAUAGUUCUACUGAUGUUGUAUUUCAUCUAUAAUAUAUUUUCUUAUGAAAGUCUGUAAAAUUGGAAAUAUUAAGAAUUUACAUUGUUAGAAAAACUGAAAUUAUGUUCACCUUUUUAUAUUCUGCACAGUAUAAAUAAUUUAUUGUAAAGUUUUUUCAGUAUUUUUGUUAGCUCAGCUUGCCUAAUGACCAUUGUUAGAAGUAUUGCUUACUUAGUUUCAAAUCUGCAUUGAAGACCUUGACCCAUAUCUCACAUGACUCCUUAUACAAAAAUGUUGUAAAAUCUUUUGAUCAGUACUGACAAAAUAAUUCAUUUUCCAUUGAUAAAGCAUCAAUUGAAUUUAUUUACAGUUAAAUAGAAGUUUCCAUAACAAUAUUUAUGGCAGGACUAAAUUAUCUUGCAUACAAAUUAUCUUUUUCUUCUCCAUAGAAAUUUUCUUAUAAAAAAAAGGACUGAAUAAUGUAAACACAUUUAUAAUAAUAAUAAAGAAAUUGAAAAUCAUGUGAUCUGAAGAUAGGUCAUGAAUGGCGCUUAACAAAGAUUUAAAAAUCAGAACUUGUUUAGUAAGGAGACAUUACUACAUUAUAAAACUAAGUGUACUUCUUUUCUUAUAUAAUACUUAAGUUUUAUAGUGAUGUUUUGAUAGUAUUUAUAUAGAAUAUAUGUAUUGAAAUGUUCUUUUUUUAAUAGAAUAAAUGAACAAAAAGAAA